AUGCGAAGACAUGGAGAUCAAGACUUCUCGCCUCCCUCGAAGCGACACAGAGAUCGAUCAGGAUAUUCAGAGAGACAUCGAUCGGUAUCUCGAGGCUCUCCUAGUUCGAGGUCUAAGUAUUCUCUCUCAAAUAGACAUUCUUCAAGACCGAAGAAUUCGGAAGGAAGAACUCAUGGGUUAGAUCAUUCUAGAACUAUAUGUGUAAGAAACAUUUCAUCCAAGUUGAGUGCUGAUGUUGUUGAACAAUGUGUGUACCGGGAACUAGGAAAGUAUGGAGACCUUUCUAUCAAUGUUGGGCAUUUGGGUGGCGAACGCGUCGCUCUGGUUACAUAUCAAUAUUCUGAAGACGCACAAGAAGCUCUUUGUGAUAGCCCAAUAAUUUACAUACUUGAUCGUCCUGCAAAUGUUACCUCAUUAAUUGAUAUUUCUAGUGAAGGUGAUACGCGUAAAGUAAUUGCCAGCAAAAAACGUCAAGAAGGAAUGGAAGCAGAAGAUAUUAAUGACCGGCGACAUCUUAUGCACAAUAUUCCCGGCAAAGUAGAGUCCGCUUUUCCUGAUUUUUUACCUAAACCAACUCCACUAGGUUCAUCAGGUACUACAAGCCUACUUGGUAUGCCUGGAAUGACAUCUUCUGCCAUGAUGGCUGCUGCUGCAAAGGCUCUUGGUCUGAAUGCUGUCCCUGGGGUGUUGCCACCUGCACAGUUAAAUGCAAUCACUUCUCACAAUCGCUUUGGCUCUGCAAACCUUCGACACUAUGAACAUAACAGAAGUGGAUUCUCUCCUGGAGCAUCUGAUUCAGAAAAGGAGUCGAAAGCCACAAGGACUUUGUUUGUUGGAAGUUUAGAACCAGACAUAACGGAAAAAGAGGUACUCUCAGCUUUUGAGAGGUAUGGUUAUGUUGAACAAAUUGAUAUUAAGCGUUCUCCGAAACCUGGUGCCCAUUCUUACGCAUUUGUACGCUUUCAGAAUGUUGAUAUGGCCAGUCGUGCAAAAAUGUCCAUGUCUGGUCGUUUUAUUAGAUCCUUACAUUGCAAGAUAGGCUAUGGUAAAGCGAUUCCAUCGCACUGUCUGUAUAUUGGUGGGUUAGAAUCUUGGCCUUCCGCUGAUUCACUGCAGCGUAUGCUUUCUCGUUUUGGACAACUAACUUAUCUUGACUGGUCUCCUAGACGUAAAUAUGCAAUCGCCAUUUAUGACAGCUGUGAAUCAGCACUCGAAGCUAAUAGACAAUUAAAAAGUCUCUCAGCAACCAGUCGUCCAAAUUUAAGACUUCGUGUAGAUUUUAUAAACCCGGAAUUAAUCCAGCCAAAGCCACAGAUUUUAAACAAGACGGACUCGAACAUGGAAAGUGACAGUCAGGACAAUCAAAUGUCAGAAUCACGAAAUGCUAUAAUUAGGUCUGAUACUGGAAUUCCUGUAACUGCAAAUAACUAUCGUAUUCGAACAAAUGAACAUUUUGAUGGAGGGCCGUACACGAUGAACCAGUAUUGCAUAGAGGAUCACGCCGGUGAUAAAAAUCUCACUAAUGUACGACACUUACCUUAUGCAAAACCAUCUUUUCAUAUAUCUAAUCGGUAUCACACAUAUAAUCGGAACACACCUCGCUACUCGGACAACCACGGUAUACUCAAUCCAGUAGAAGAUAUUCCGUGUAACCUGAAAUCAAUCGUCACUCUCCAAGAACUAGACCAGCAUCUACAACCGGAUUUAUGGAAAGGAAAGUUCUUAUUAAAAAAUAACCAUUUUUAUUUUCGUUGUUUGAUGUUAAUAGGUAAUAAAGAUAUCAGUCAAGACUUACUGGAUUAUAAAGACAAUAACAGUAAUUCCGAACGACUAUGCAGUCCGACUUUACGUAUUUCACGCCGAGGCACUCUUGAUGCUUCAUGGAUGGCUGAAGCCACGCAUCGUAUUCAUAAUGUACUAUCUACAGUUCGUCAUAAUUUAUGCCUCAUGCUAAUAUUACCCGAUAUGGAGCAAACUAAUAAGUAUCUGGACAAGGAAUCUAAACUGAAUAAUCAGUCGAAUACUGAAAGUACGGAUGUAAAAACAACAAUAAGUCAUUGUUUUUCACUACACACUUUAAUUGCUUAUUUAAAAUUAAAACAAUCAGCUGGUAUAAUCUGUCCAAAUGAAGAAAAAGUACUACAAGAAUCAUUGAAUACUAGUUCCGAGAAAACAACUACAACACGACGUUCAUCUUUGAUAGUAUAUUUAUUUGCACCAAGUAGUUUUGCAUUAAGUUUAUUAAAACAAGCAGCACCUUGCUUAAGUUCAGACUUGGCAACAACAAGUGAUUAUAUGGUUCUUUUAGCAUUAAAGCGGUAAUAUAAAAAACCCCUUUGGUUUAGGCAAAAAACAACACACUUUGAUUUCUUAUUUUCUUUAUUUUGUACAAAUUUAUAUGUAUGUAAACAUCUUUCUUUAAUUCACUUGUUUAUUUAUAUUGUUAUUCAGUUCGAAAUUAAAACAAAUCGUUUCUGUGAAUCAUAAUCCUAUAAUGUUAUAUAUGUAACAAUUUGGUAUGUUGUUUUGUCUUUUUCGGUUAAAACCAAAUCGAAAUUAACGCUUAAAUAUUGGUGUUCAAAAUUCUUUAUAACAACUUUAAUAAAAAUAAUUAAAGUUUUGACAAACGUACACAACUUUAAAUUUUAAUAACCGAUAUUUAAACAAUAUUUGCAAGGUUGUUUCAUUUAUGUUAUAAAAUAUGUAAAAUAAAAUGGUGUACAAG